GGACGCCAUGUUUGCUGGUGCGGUGUUUUGAUCUGUCUUGAUUUCAAAUUUAUCGUUCGCUUGAACGAUGAAUAAGGACGUAUAUUUGUUGAAUAACUGGAAUUAUAAGUAUUUCAUCAAAUUUAACUAAGGGUAAAUAGUCAGAUGGUGAGCAGUUUCAGAAAUCGAACAAUGAUGACCUAGUUCAAACAGAAAUUCUGCACUGCAAUGGAACGAUUCGUUCCCGAGCAUCCCCUCCCUACAGAAAUCCGGGAGAUGCCAAAAGAUGACACUGUCUGUCAGUUCUGUGGUGUCAGCUAUCUUAUUCAUAGUGAAAUGAAAGCAUUGGAGGAACGUGUCAAAGAAGCCGAGAGGAAAAUGCAAUACUAUGUUGAAAGCGUAGAGCGGGAAGAAAAACUCAAAAUUAAAGUGGCUAGUAUGGAAGAAGAGAGUGAUAAGCUUUCAAGGGCAUUGCAAGCAAGUGAUGAAAGGACCAAGAUUUUGGUGCAAGAUUUAACGUCAAAGCAAAACCUGAUUGAAAACUAUAAACAAGAGAGAGAUAAUCUUGGAAAGCAACUUGAGAGAAAGAGUGAGGAAGUCAGGAGGAUUCAGUUGAAGUUGACUGAUCUUGUGAAGCAAAUUUCAGCCUUUCAUGAAACAUUACAGACACAAAGGACGGCACUAAAUGACAUUAAAGUUAGUGUUGGAGAAAAUUAUCAGAGCAUCACAGAGAGUCACAGUAAAGUUAUUAAAACUGUUGCUCUUUCAUGUGAGAAGUUUACAGAGGAUACAAAAGUCCUUGAAAAGAGUUUAAUUAAGUGUAAAAAUGAAAAAAAGAUGCAAGAUGAAGCUAUUGCCAAAGCUGAAGCUCUGGUGGUGGAACUUACUUCAAAAUGCACUGAGUUAGAAAUUAGAGUUGAUGCCCAAGAGGAAGAAUUGAUCAAAACAAAGGAGCAGAAUCACACCUAUAGCAAAGAAGUAUCACAGUACAAGGAACUGAUGAGUGCUAAAUCUAAUGAAGUGAGUGAAUGGAAAAACAAACUUCAAAAUGAAUCAGAAAUUUUGGAAGAAGAAAUCAAGAAAAACAAAGCAGACAUAUUAUCCAAAGAGAAGCAGAUUCAGCAGUUAGCUGAAAAUUGUAAAAAUCUUGAGAAACGUGUUGCAGAAUACUCAAAGGCAAGAAAUGAGGUAGAGGAGAAAAGUGCAAAUUCCUUGGAGGAAAUCAAGGCUUUGAAGGAAUCCUGUUCCAAAGCAAAAAAUGAGGUUGUAGCUCUGAAAGAAGAAAGAGAGAUGAUGAUUUCCGCCCAUCACAACCGUAUAGAGCAACUGAGAGAAAGCUUUAAGAAAAAAAUGGAAGAAGCAGAUGCUUGGCCAGAAAAGCUUAACAAGAUUGUGAAAGAAAAAGAAGUACAGUUCAAUGAGGAGAAAAACAACCUGUGGAGGGAGUUAACAGAAGGAUUUCAGAAGGAAAUGGAUGAAGAACAAAAAAAACAUCAAGAAGAGCUUGGCUUGUGGAGGAAAGAGGCUAAAGCUGCACAAGACAGAUUUAAAGAGGACGUCGCCGCUUUGAACUGGAGACACCGUGAGGAUGUCAAACGUCUGGAACGGGAAUUGAUUGAGGCUAAAGAGAAAUGCGAACAGAAAAAAAAUGCCGAUGACUCACUCGUACAAAAUCUGGAAGCGAAAAUCGUAGAUUUGGAAAAUCGCCUGCGUCAGCCGUUGGUAGACUCCGUAGAAGUUCUCAAAUUAAGGACGAGGCUUCAGGAGUCAGAUAAGAUGCUCCAAGAUGCAGAGCAGCAAAUUGACGAACUGGAGACGAAAAGUGAAUCUUGGAAACAAGAGGUCGCUUUUUUACAAGACACUGUUCGACGCGAGUGCGAGGAACGCUUUGAGCUUACCGAUGCUCUAGGUGAAGCGCGGGCUCAGUUGUUAGCUCUUCAACGCACUUCCGGUGCCUCGCUGUCACGAAGUAGUCUCAAUUCAUCUGGUUCUAUUUCAUCCAGCGGCGUCAUCCCGGGUAGUCGCAAAGGAUAUGACGUUAAUGGACAAAGCGACAAUUCUACUACCCAGGCUAUAUCUUGUACCGUUGGAUUUGAUGAAGGCGUAGGGUAUAGGCCUGGUACAGGCUCACGUGACACGAGAAAGUUGUCGCGCGAAGGGAGCGUAGACGAUAAUCGAAAGCGAAUCGCAGCAGCCGUCCGGCAAUCGGGUACAAAGAGCCGUUUGGGGGGAAAUUUUAGUUGCUGAAAAAUAACAAAGAUUUGAAAAAAAGGGAGUACUUGCAGAUUCCAGCAGGCUCGUGUUUUUAUGUUUUGUUUUGGGUUUUUUUGUCAUCUCAACGAACCAGUGUUUUAUUUCAAACCGGAAUAAGACAAGCAGUUUUAAU